AUGAGACUAUCGACCCCGAUGGCUGCCACGGCCGCUAUGGUCGUGUCGGUGCUUGCUUCUUACCUUUUUCCACAGACCUUUGCCUCAGGCACAUUGACAAAACUCUUGUCGCUUUUCAUAACCUGCCACUUCUUCUUUAUCUCCUUUGACAAGCUCAUUAUAUACCCUUUCUUCAUUGACCCAUUGCGACACCUGCCGCAAGCCCCCGGGUUUCGACCACUGGUUGGCCAUGAGUUUACGCUAUUCAAGCGGCCGCUUGGCGAGCCUCAUCUCAAGAUAAUGAAGGAGGUAGACAACGAUGGUCUGAUCUUAACCAGAGGUUUCUUUCAUAGUAACAAGGUCAUUGUGACAAGUACAGCAGCGCUGGCUGAUAUCCUUGUUCACAAGUCAUACGACAUGGAGAAGCCACCUCCGGUGCGAACAUUCUUGAGAAAGUUCCUGGGUGAUGGUCUGCUUAUGACUGAAGGCGACGAGCACAAGCACCACCGGAAGAAUAUCAUGCCAGCCUUUCACUUCCGGCACAUUAAAGAACUCUAUCCCAUCUUCUGGUCCAAGUCAAUUGAGUUCUGCAAUGCAAUGGGAAGGGCGAUCCAGGACAACGACGACAGAGUCCUCGAGAUUGGACAUUACGCGACACAGGUGACGCUCGACAUCAUCGGAUUAGCUGGACUUGGUCGCGACAUCAACUCUCUGCGGAACAGCGAUGAUGAGCUUAUCAAGAUCUAUGAAGAACUCCUAGAACCCAGCACCGAGAAGGGCAUUUACUUUCUCUUGCAUCUGCUCUUCCCAGUCUGGAUCAUUGAGAUGCUCCCUUGGAAGCUAAAUGGGCGGGUAAAAUUCAUGACCACCGAGUUGAAGCGAACUUGUACCGAGUUUGUGGGACAAAAGAAGGCAAAUGCGAAGCUUGAGAGCAAAGAAAGUCUCGACAUACUUUCUAUUAUGCUGCGAAGCAACAACUUUUCCGACAGCAACCUGGUUGAUCAGCUGUUGACCUUCCUGGCAGCUGGUCACGAGACAACUUCGUCCGCCUUGACCUGGUCCGGAUAUCUUUUGUCGACGCAUCCAGAUGUUAAGGCGAAAUUGCGAAACGAAAUAUACAAGCACAUUCCGGAUCCGCAAGCUCUGUCUGACCCCGCCAUGGAUGUUGCAGGCUUGCUCGAAGGCAUGCCCUACCUCAACGCGGUCUGCAACGAAGUGCUCCGUGUGUACCCUACUGUUCCCAUUACGGCACGCUAUGCGGUACGAGACACAAACAUCGCCGGCCAAUACAUCCCUAAAGGCACCGUUUUAUUUAUUCCGCCAUGGGCCAUCAACCGGAAUCCCAAACUAUGGGGCCCAGACUCCGAGAAGUUUGUUCCUGAACGCUGGAUCGAUGAGAAUGGGCGCACGACCAUGAACGGUGGUGCUGAUAGUAAUUAUGCAUUUCUCACUUUCCUUCACGGUCCUCGCGCCUGUAUCGGCGAACGCUUCGCGAGGGCUGAGCUGCGUGCACUUGUCGCAGCUCUCGUCGGAAGUUUUGAUUUUCAGAUGGCUUAUCCGGAUGAGAAAGUCAUUGCUGCCGGAACGAUCACGAGCAAGCCCUUGAAUGGCAUGAGGCUUAAGCUACAGCCGCUUAACUGGGGAGAAUGAUGGGAGGUACGAUCUUCUUCAGCGAGAGAUGGAGUGCGUGUAACAGUCUGACCCUGGUCGUCAAGUGCUCUUUUAUCGAGAGUCCGUCAUGAUGUUGUUCGUAUUUAGUGCGGUUGGAAUUCAUUUACUCCAAAUAUGUAAAUGCUUUAUGAUACAUGUGCUUUCAAA